AUGAAGUGUUUAUGCAAAGCAGCCAUCGUUAUUGGAGUGUUGGGAGUAUUGGGGGUCAUAGCAGGGUUGGUCGCUUGGGUUGUGAUAGCCACUAGGAACGACCCACCCCCGGAGAUCAUCCCCCUGGAAUGGUGGCAACACUGCACGCUUUACCAAAUCUACCCAAGAUCUUUCAAGGACAGUAAUGCUGAUGGGAUUGGAGACUUGCAGGGUAUCAUCAGCGAGCUGCAACAUUUCGCAGAUUCAGGUGUAGAUGCAAUAUGGAUGUCACCUAUCUUCGAGUCUCCGAUGAUAGACUUCGGAUAUGAUAUCAGCAACUAUUAUAAAAUACAUUAUGAGUAUGGGGAUAUUGAAGACUUUGAUGAGUUGCUGAACAAGGCGCAUGAAUUAGGUAUCAAGGUGCUGCUGGACUUCGUGCCAAAUCACGCGAGUACCCAAUCUCACUAUUUCAUAGAAUCAGAGGCCAACAAUCCGAGGUACAGAGACUACUUCAUGUGGGACGAUGGGUUGGAAGACCCCAACAACGCUUCCAACAGACUUCCACCAUCCAACUGGGUUAGCCAGUUCGGUGGAUCAGCUUGGCAAUGGAGUGACGCGCGGCAGCAGUUCUACCUUCACCAAUUUGCUAUCGAACAAGGAGACUUUAACUUUACCCACCAACCUGUCAGAGAUGAAAUGUUCAACAUUAUGAGAUUUUGGCUCGACAAGGGGGUUGAUGGCUUCAGACUAGAUGCUUUACCAUAUCUUUUUGAAGCUAAUCCAGCUGAUCAUGGUGGAAGGUAUCCCGAUGAUCCGUUGAGUGGCUUGGUACAUAUUCAGCCGAAUGAGCGAGGAUAUACAAUACCGUUAUACACCAAGGAUUUGAUAGAAAUAUACGAUGUAGUUCAUGAGUGGAGAGAUUUCAUCGACAGAUAUAACGAGGAACACGGUGGUGAUACCAGGGUCAUCUUCUCCGAAGGCUACGCUAACAUCUCCAUGACGAUGUUGUACUAUGGCAACGAGUACGGUUAUAUUGGCGCUCAUUUCCCCUUCAAUUUCGAUUUCAUCACUGAUGUUUCAGCUGAAUCUAAUGCCAGAGAUCUUGUUUAUACUGUUCUAAAGUGGCUUACACAUAUGCCUCAAGGUGCUGCAGCUAAUUGGCAGUUUGGAAACCACGACAACAGCAGAAUGCCAAGUCGGUUCCGCAUUGACAUGGUAGACGGACUCAACAGCUUAAACAUGAUGUUACCGGGGGCUUCAGUUACAUAUCAAGGGGAAGAGAUUGGCAUGAGGGAUGGUUAUGUCAGCUGGAAUGAUACAGUGGACGUGGAAGCUCUCCAGCAAGGGAACGAAAGCAACUAUAUGGAAUUUUCUCGAGAUCCAGCUAGGACUCCGUUCCAUUGGGAUAAUUCCACCAAUGCUGGCUUUUCCACCGGCAAUCGUACUUGGUUGCCAAUAGCAGGUGAUUACAUGGAAUUGAAUUUAGCGAAACAGAAGGAGGAUGAUAGAAGCCAUUAUAAGGUCUACCAAGCUUUAACGCGACUCCGCAAGACAACAACCCUCAUCCACGGCGACUAUAACAUCAGGGCCUUUUCCAAUUUCGUUUUCUACCUUAUAAGAUACCUCAGGACCUUCGACACCUACGUUUUGGUUUUCAAUGUUGGAGAAAGAACGGAAACCGUGGAUUUGAACAGAGUUCCUUAUCUAACGCUACCGGCGACCGUAUACGUGUCAAGCAUAAAUUCAACAAGAGUCGAAGGAACUGUAAUCGAUUAUAAUGUACUGACUCUCGCUGGAGGCGAAGCUUUGGUACUUCAAGCACCACCAGUCUAG